AUGGACGCCGGCGAGUGCUCCACCUCCACCAAACCCCCGCAGCCCUCGGCCGCCUCCACCCCGCCGUCCCCCUCCGUGUGGGCCAGGCUAGUGCCCGCCGAUUCCGCAUGCCCGGUGGUGGAGGUGGCCGAGGACGACUCCGUGGUCUGCUCCCUCGUCGCGCCGGCCUGCGGCGGCGGGGAGGGGGAGGAGGUCGCGUGGUGCGAGAUCAAGCGCAAUGCCGGGGACGCGUCGUCCGCCACGAUUCGGAACCUCAGCUCGGAUGCAAUUAUUGUUGAUGGAAUAAUUGUCAAACAAGAAUGUGUAGGCAUCAAACCAGGCAGUGAGAUUGUCUCUGGACCCCAGAAAGAAGGGCAUUUAAUAUAUACCUUUGAAAUUACAGAGGAAGAGGAUCAUGAAAAAAAGAAUGUCAAGAUUGUUCUAGAUAUCGAGAAUGCAAAAUGCAGCAUAUGCCUGAAUUUGUGGCAUGAUGUUGUUACUGUUGCUCCAUGCCUGCACAACUUCUGCAAUGGAUGUUUCUCAGAGUGGUUAAGAAGGUCUUCAUCUAAUUCACGUGAUAAAAGCCAGAGCGCUGCAUGCCCACAAUGUAGGACAGCAGUUCAAUCAGUUGGAAGGAAUCACUUCCUGCAUAAUAUUGAAGAGGCUAUAUUGCAAUCUUUUUCCUCACUACAGAGGUCUGAUGAGGAGAUUGCAUUGUUAGAGUCGUAUGCUUCAGUUAAAUCGAAUAUUGUUUUGGGUAAACAGAAAAAUCAAUCAAGGAAACGACGUUUUUCACGUUCUACUAGUGAUGAGAUCAACAUUCCGGAUUUACCAUGUCCUCAGUGCCGUAAUGAAUUUGGUGGCUUUAGAUGCAGUCCAGGAGCUGUGCACUCGCAAUGCAAUGGAUGUGGAGGAAUGAUGCCAGCCAGAUCUAACAUAAGUAUACCACAAAAAUGCUUGGGGUGUGAUAAAGCGUUUUGUGGGGCUUAUUGGUGUUCACAAGGUGUGAAUUCAAGUCAUUGCAAUCUAAUCUGCAACCAGGAUACUUUCAAGAGCAUCUCUCAGCGACAUAUCUCUGCACUUCCUGACACAGUUCAUGGGGGCAAUCCAUAUGAAAAAGAUAUUACAGAAAGAUGCAUACAGCAAUCAGGCAAAACAUUACAAGCUGUAAUCUCAGAGUGGAUAUCAAAAUUUGACAACAUGGAAAUUGAUCGCUCAAGGUUGCAAUUGAAUAAUGUGAAUGCAAUUACUUCCAGGACAUAUAUUUGCAACCAUUGCUACAGCAAGUUCAUUGAUUUCCUGCUCUACUGGUUCCGCGCAUCAAUGCCCCGAAAUCUUCUUCCGCCUGACGCCGCCGACAGGGAGAGCUGCUGGUACGGUUUCAUGUGCCGCACCCAGCACCAUCGGCCUGACCACGCCAAGAAGCUCAACCACGUCUGUCGCCCGACGAGAGGCAACCCCUAG